AUGAGCAGGGAGAAUAGAUCACAGAGGGACCAGAGAUGGAGGCACUCGCUGUCGCAUACUUUAAGCGGCUGUACUCUAGAGGAUGUAGAGGAGGCGAUGGAGGUUUUACCUCAGGAUGGCUUUGAGAAGCUCACACCGGAGGAGAAGCGGCACUUGGAUAAGGAGUUUCUGUCCUCAGAGAUUGAGUCGGCAGUCCGAGGUAUAGGAAAAUUCAAAGCUCCAGGACCCGAUGGAUACCAGCCGGUGUUCUAUCAAAGUGGUUGGGAGACAGUGGGCCCGUCUGUCACCCGGUUUGUGUUGGAUUUCUUUACCACAUGA